AACGAAAUAAAGAAAAUCUUAAAAACAAACCUCAAAGUAUAUAAAAAUUUCAACAAAAAAGAGCAUUUGAAUUGAUUUAAUAAUGUCACAAAUGUGUAAAACAUUUGGCUCUUUUCUGCAAAAGUCAACAAAUGUUUUGUGUAACACUUCACUUAUAACUUCAAAUAAUAUUGCAGUCCAAACAAAUACUUUCCUUCCAUCCUGGAGUCUCACUUUCAUAAGAACCAACAUAAGAAAUAGAUUUCCCAGAGCUAAAGAGGGAAAACGAAUCAAAGUCCAUGGUUGGGAGAAAAGAUUGUCAACUCCCGGUGGUCAAAUGAUAAUAAUGAGAAGAAUACUUAAAGGAAGACAUGUUCUCAGUCAUUAAUUAGUUAAACAAGAAAGCAAUUUGACAGUUUUUAAUAGUGUCGCGUUUCAAUUUUAUUUGAAAAAUAAAAUGAAGCAAAUUCAAUUAAAAUUUUAAUAUUGACAACUCAGACUUAUUUUUUUAUUUUCCAAAGCUGAUAGCCAGACGAGAUUUUCUGUUGUCUCUAGGCGGUUGUUUAGCAGCUUUUACAGUAUUUUCUGCUUGUGAAGUCGAUGGCAUUGAUUCAGUUUUAACAUUAGACUGUGAUGGCGUGGUUUCAAUAUUUGCAUUUGCUUCUUUUUUAGCGGUGAUGCUUUGAGUUGGUUUGGUUUGUGUUUGAACGAUGUUUUUGCCUUUCGUCGCUUUUCUAAACGCUUGCAAUGGGAUGAAAGCGUUUCCAGCUCCAGGUUUUUGUUGUUGCUGAUGCUGAUUUUGAUGUUGAUGU